AUGAAAAAGGGCGGAAAUAUCUUGUACGAAUUAUGUUAAGAAUAAAAAAUUGAAUCAGAUUGUUAAAUUAAUGAUAUUUUUGCAAAUUACAACUCUUCAAUUUUGAUAGUUUCUAAAACGCUGAAAAAUUAAGAGAUAGUCAUUCUUAACUUAUAUUAAUUCAAAGAAGGAUUGAUGAAAUAAUUCUAGAUAUAGUCUCAUUCCUAAACGGCCAUUUACCGUACACCUAAUUCAAAUAUGUUCAUUUCUUAACAUAUCUAUGAUUAUGAAAUAAUUUUAAGAAAUUAAUCUUAUGUAGCUUUGAACAGUUCCAAAUAUUUAAAUUAAAUGCAAUUUUAAAUCUAUCAGCUAGGCAAUGGUAAAACAUAAGUUAAUCUUGCAAAAAGGAAUCAUAUUAAGUUUUGUUAUUUUACAACUUAUUAUGAAAAUUUUUAAUUUGUCAUGAAUGAUUAAGAAGAUAUAUGUAUUUAUUCAUAUAAGAUAAAAAUUGUUAAGGAAUUAGCCUUUAGAAAUUACAUGAAAAAUGUUUCUAAAUCAGCAAUAGUCUUUAAUAAGAAGUAGAAAGGUGCAUGGGUAAAAUUUUAGAAAAUAGAAGAUAAUUAUUAUGUUUAAGCCAUGUUGUUCAAUCAAUCAACAUAAGAAUUAAUUUGUAGCUGCGUUGACGAAUAUUAAUCAAAAGGGUUUAUUAAUAUUUUCAAAUUGAAGAAUGGAUCAAACUGGUCCGUUACAAAAUAAUUAAAAAUUGUUCAUGGUUAGAAUUCUUUAUAUUUUCUAAAUCAGAAAACCCUGGCAGUAUUCUAUCACUUUGAUUACCAAUUAAACCUAUACCAACUUUAGGAGAAUGGUUGGUUUAAAAAGUUUAAAUGCAUAGAAGUUAUGGAAAUUGAUGAAUCAUUACAGGAUGAUAAAUAGCAAGGGGAUCAUUAAUCUCAAAAGGAUGAAAAUUCAGUAAAGGAUUUUUGCGCAGUUUAAUUAAGUCAAAAAUAAAAAGGAAACAUAAUCUUUUCUGAGUGCAUGCAAUUUCAUAUAGUUUAUAACAAUACUACUCUCAAUAUUAUUGAUAUCAAUGCUGAAGAGGAUUAAAUUUUACAAAAAAGGAUAGAAAUUGCUAAAACUAAUUCUUUUGGGUAUAGCUCAAUAACUUAAGAUGGGAAAUACUAUAUAAAUUUUAGUAAUGAUCAAAAGAAAUUAUAGAUUUAUAAGAUCGAUAUUAUAAAAAAAUGA